AUGAGCAGCAUCUUCGCCCGAGUCUUCCCUCCAGCGGUCAGAGAAGUCCGCAUUCUCAUGUCCCAAACUGGUCCGGGGUCGUCCGGUACACGGGAAUUCAUCCUAGCAAACUACCCCGUCAUCAAGCAAAAUAACCAGGAUCUGCCUGUGCUCAUUCGUGAAGCAGAAGGCACGCCUGCACGAGCGUUUGCCCGUUUCGAGCGUGGCGUUGAGAAGCAUGUGGAACUCGAAAACCUUCCGUCGUCACAAGUCGCCUCGAGGAUCGCUGAACUGCUCGGCAUCAGCAAGAAGUAA